UAGAAAGGGCUCGGGCAAAGCAAGCCCAAGUUCGCUCUCCGCACACCUCGGCGGACUGCGUGGGUCCGGCAGCUCCGCGACUCGUCCCGCGCGGGAGGCGCCCGCGGGGACCCGCGCGUCUCGGGGACCUAGGACCGCCGCCCAAGAGGGGACCCCGGUCCCUCCGGAGGCCGAGCCGAAGCGGCGGGUCGCGCCGCCCGGGAGCGGGGGUGAGUGUCCUGGGCGAGGCCGGUGGCCGCGAGAGCCCCCCACCCCCACCCCCCGCCCCGCCGGCGCGCCCCGGCGCCCGCAUGCCCGGCCGGAGCCCCGCGGCCGGGUGCAUGCCUCCCCCGCGGCGCGCCCCUGCCGCCUGCCGCCCGCUGUGAGCGCCCCUCCAGGCAGGCGGGCGCCGGCGGGCUUCCCCGAGGGCGGCGCACGGCUGGGACCCCCCGGACCCGCGGCGGCUGGCGGCGGCGGCGGCGGGGCGCGGAGCCGAGGCUGAGCGGGCGCUCGCGGGGAGGAUGGACGCGGCGGGGGAGCGCAGCCUCCCGGAGCCGGGCAGCCAGGACUCCCGGGCCGGCGACGACAUCGAGAUCGUCGUCAACGUGGGGGGCGUGCGGCAGGUGCUGUACGGGGACCUCCUCAGCCAGUACCCGGAGACCCGGCUGGCCGAGCUCAUGGGCUGCUUGGCGGGGGGCUACGACACCAUCUUCUCCCUGUGCGACGACUAUGACCCCGGGAAGCGCGAAUUCUACUUCGACAGGGACCCGGACGCCUUCAAGUGUGUCAUCGAGGUGUACUAUUUUGGGGAGGUCCACAUGAAGAAGGGCAUCUGCCCCAUCUGCUUCAAGAACGAGAUGGACUUCUGGAAGGUGGACCUCAAGUUCCUGGACGACUGCUGCAAGAGCCACCUGAGCGAGAAGCGCGAGGAGCUGGAGGAGAUCGCGCGCCGCGUGCAGCUCAUCCUGGAUGACCUGGGCGUGGACUCGGCCGAGGGCCGCUGGCGGCGCUGCCAGAAGUGCGUCUGGAAGUUCCUGGAGAAGCCCGAGUCGUCGUGCCCGGCGCGGGUGGUGGCCGUGCUGUCCUUCCUGCUCAUCCUCAUCUCGUCGGUGGUCAUGUGCAUGGGCACCAUCCCCGAGCUGCAGGUGCUGGACGCCGACGGCAACCGCGUGGAGCACCCGACGCUGGAGAACGUGGAGACGGCGUGCAUCGGCUGGUUCACGCUGGAGUACCUGCUGCGCCUCUUCUCCUCGCCCAACAAGCUGCACUUCGCCCUGUCCUUCAUGAACAUCGUGGACGUGCUGGCCAUCCUCCCCUUCUACGUGAGCCUCACGCUCACGCACCUGGGCGCCCGCAUGAUGGAGCUGACCAACGUGCAGCAGGCCGUGCAGGCCCUGCGGAUCAUGCGCAUCGCCCGCAUCUUCAAGCUGGCCCGCCACUCGUCGGGCCUGCAGACCCUCACCUACGCCCUCAAGCGCAGCUUCAAGGAACUGGGGCUGCUGCUCAUGUAUCUGGCCGUGGGCAUCUUUGUCUUCUCGGCCCUGGGCUACACCAUGGAGCAGAGCCACCCCGAGACCCUGUUUAAGAGCAUCCCCCAGUCCUUCUGGUGGGCCAUCAUCACCAUGACGACCGUUGGCUACGGUGACAUCUACCCCAAGACCACUCUGGGCAAGCUCAACGCGGCCAUCAGCUUCUUGUGUGGGGUCAUUGCCAUUGCCCUGCCCAUCCACCCUAUCAUCAACAACUUCGUCAGGUACUACAACAAGCAGCGGGUCCUGGAGACAGCCGCCAAGCACGAGCUGGAGCUGAUGGAGCUCAACUCGAGCAGUGCGGGUGAGGGCAAAGUGGGGUGCUCCCGCAGUGACCUGGACAGCCUCCCGCCAGAGCCCGUCGGGGAGGAGGGGCCGAGCUGGAGCAGCCGGCUGAAGAUCUCCCACAGCGACACCUUCAUCCCUCUCCUGACCGAGGAGAAGCACCACAGGACCCGGCUCCAGAGUUGCAAGUGACGAGGGUCUUCCGGGCACAGAUGGACUCGGCCAGUGGACGGAUGGACAGGUGUGAUGGGCCUGUCCAUGACUUCCUGGGAGGGGCUGUCUUUUGUCCCCUCAACCGUCUCCUGAACAGAACUCUGAAGGCCCCCUUGGGCACCUCUGGUGAGGCUGGGUAAGACCCCUGUAUGUUGCCGGCAGUCAGGAGCCCGUGGGGAGAGAGGGGUGUCCAGGAGUCGCGGGCAGUGUGGGGUGACGGAGGCCAUGGUCUGGCUGAUGGCAGGAGCCCUUGCCCGGUUCUGUAUCUCCUUCAAUAAAGCCUCCUGCUCUGUGCACCC